GGCGAGUCUAGGCAUAACAGUUUGAUAUUUGUUUCAGAGAUGUCUUAUGUUUCAGAGGUUGCGGAUUUGCAGAUAUCCAAGUACACCAAUAUUGGUAGUCUUGCAAUUCUCGUAUUUGAUUACUGCAUCACGUUUCAGGAUGAGGUACACUGGACCUGGUCCAGGCCAUGGGGUUUAAUUCGUGUUGUCUUCACCAUUUCUCGAUAUCUCCCUUUCGUAGGCUCUGGAAUGACUGCAUAUGCUGCACUGCGUGUCGGUGGUUCAUGUCCCCCUAGUUUGGCGGAAAAUAUUAUUCAUAUUUUAAGUAUCGUUGCUGCGGAAGGCCUGCUAGUUAUUCGGACCUGGGCAUUCUGGCAAAAGAGCAAAAAAAUGCUGAUUGGAUUAUUGAUUUAUAGCACCGCCACAGUAAUUGGCGCCGUUGCUAUGAAUGUCCUUCCUAAUCACCAGUUGAUUUCAACAGAUGUAUCUAUGAUACCCGGGCCAUGCGGCUUUGAGUCGUCAAGAAACUCUGCACUGGUAUAUGCUAUAUUGGCACUUUUCGAAUGUGUGAUACUGGCCCUUACUGCGUAUAAGUGGUUCCACGACUACCGAGACUCAGAAAUUCAGAGCUCGAUCGUAACCACCGUCUACGGCGGUAGCAUGCUUUAUAUGUUGUGUAUCAUCGCCAUCACAGUGACCAAUGUGGUUGUCGAUGCAGCAUUUCCGGUUGGCUUCACAAAUCUGUUUGAUACGCUACAACUUGUCAUUCAUAGCGUCCUAGCCUCGCGGAUUCUAUUCCACCUUCGGAGCAGCGACAGUCGUGCCCAUGAGACAGAUAUGCCAUUGAUAGUUUCGGCUCCCCGCUACGGACUACCUUCGCAAAUACAGACGAAGGAGAUCACAGAUGAGACUAAUGAAGUUUGAGGCGACUCGGAGCUUAGCGGUUUGUGCUUGGAAUUGGACACGAUUGUGUCGAGUAGCCCUCUUUGGUUGUGACUACGAAUGCGCAGUAUAUGAACAAUUUUAUGAUGAUGCAUAGGCAGAAACCAGUCCAUUAACAGGCUCUGAACAG